AUGGCUUGGAAGGGUGCGGCCGAAAUGGCUUGUGGGGUCAACAUUAUCUCAUGUUUCAGAGUGGAUCCUUCCAUUUCUAUACUGAGCAAGGCAUUUUCUUCAGACAGGCCUAAAACGUCUAUUUCACCGUCAAAAUCUUCAGCAACAGAAUGUCAACUGCCUCCUAAUGAAGGGGCAAGAAGAGUAAGACUAAAAAGGCAUGUUGCAACAAGGCUUCCUUUCGUUGAUGCAUUCCUCUUGAAGAUGAAGAAGGAAAAAGUUCUACUUGCUAACAAGAAAAUUUGGUCACAUCGUUCUGUUAUUAUACCUGAAUUUGUGGGUUACACAGUAUGA